GCCCUCGCGACCUCUGUAGUGUCCGCGCCCUCACUCGCAGGAUCCGCGCCCUCAUGAUUGAAGAGCGCAGAAGAGACGCGCUCAUGCUCGACAAGGCCGUCGACGAGGCGAAUGGCUUGCUGGUCCGGUUCGAGGGGGAGGACAGGGAUGACUCGGGGACCGAGUGUCCGCCGUGAGCCGUCUUGGCACCGCUACCGUGCCAUUGUUGAUUCGCUCGAGCCUUGCACCGUCGUUGGCAGUGCCGUUGGUGGUGCUGUUAGUAGUACUGUUAGUAGUACUGUUGGUGGUACUGUUAGUAGUACCGUCAGUAGUACUGUUAGUAGUACCGUCAGCAGUACCGUCAGCAGUACCGUCAGUAGUACCGUCAGCAGUACCGUCAGUAGUACCGUUACCAUGACCAUUCUUGAUUCACUCGAGCCUUGCGCGGUCGUCUUGGUUCAAUACCAUUAUCAUUGCCGUUGUGGAUUCACUCGCACGUCCUGCUUUUGAAAGGUUGGUUAGGCGUGCAUACUGCUACUCUUGAUCCCACUGCUACUCUUGACCCCACUGCUACUCUUGAUCCCACUGCUACUCUCGAUCCGACUGCUACUCUUGACCCCACUGCUAUCUUUCCCCUCUCUACCAGAGUAGUGUAGAUUCC